UGCUCCACCGGAGCCCGUAGUCUCUUUGGAAACUUCUGCCGGGGAAAAGAGCUAGGAAAGGGGCAAAUCGGUGUGGGAUUUUUUUCUCUUUUCUUGCUCCUUUUAAUUACCCCUCUUCCGUUUGCACCCUUCUUCGAGCUUCACGGAGAACCUGCAAAUUUCGAAGAGGUGGUGGCAGAGUGGGAGCAAAGAGGUGUUAGGCUUUGGGAUUUGGGCCUUUUUUUUUUUUUUUUUUUUUAAUUUCUUGAUUUCGACAUUUUCCCCCACUCUCGCGGCCACCGCAGCCGCCUCUUACCUGUUCCCCGGCAGCCGCGCGCUGCAGGCAGCUGGUUAGAAAGGAGCAGGGUGCAUUUUAGACUUUAAACAAAAUUUUUGCAGACAGCCCCAUUUUUCUCCCCCCCACCCCCUUCUCCACAGCCUCCGAGCUCAUUAUUCCGGUGGUUGCUUUGGGGUGAACAAUUUUUGGCUUUUUCCUCCCUGUAAUUCUGAGCGGGUCUGGCUGCGGGAGGGGGGUGUUUCUCCGGCUUCCACUCCCUCCGCGUGCACCUGGCGCGGCUCUUUUCCCCCCAACCUGUUGCAAGUCCUUUAAUCCUUGCAGUUGGGACUUGCCGGCAGGCACCUCAGCCCUCCAUCUCUCCCUACGUUUUGCAAUUGUCUGGGGGAGGGCACCUGCUCUACCUGCCAGAAAAAAAUUUUUUUUAAUUUCUCCGGGCGCCCUCUUGGCCCCUCUCUCCCUAUACGCUCGCUCUCGUGUCCCGCCCCAAGGUAAAGAGGAAGACUCGGAGAAGAUGGUGCUCACCGCGGUCCUCCUGCUGCUGGCCUCCUGUGCGGGGCCGGCCCAGGGCCUGGGCUCCUUCGUGCACUGCGAGCCCUGUGACGAGAAAGCCCUCUCCAUGUGCCCCCCCAGCCCCCUGGGCUGCGAGCUGGUCAAAGAGCCGGGCUGCGGUUGCUGCAUGACUUGCGCCCUGGCGGAGGGGCAGUCGUGCGGCGUCUACACUGAGCGCUGCGCCCAGGGGCUGCGCUGCCUCCCCCGGCAGGACGAGGAGAAGCCGCUGCACGCCCUGCUGCACGGCCGUGGGGUUUGCCUCAACGAAAAGAGCUACCGCGAGCAAGCCAAGAUCGAGAGAGACUCCCGUGAGCACGAGGAACCGACCACCUCCGAGAUGGCAGAGGAGACCUACUCGCCCAAGAUCUUCCGGCCCAAGCAUACCCGCAUCUCCGAGCUGAAGGCUGAGGCCGUGAAGAAGGACCGCAGAAAGAAGCUGACCCAGUCCAAGUUUGUGGGGGGUGCUGAGAACACUGCGCAUCCCCGGGUCAUCUCUGCCCCUGAGAUGAGACAAGAAUCUGAGCAGGGCCCCUGCCGUAGACACAUGGAAGCUUCCCUGCAGGAGCUCAAAGCCAGCCCCCGCAUGGUGCCUCGCGCUGUGUACCUGCCCAACUGUGACCGCAAAGGAUUCUACAAGAGAAAGCAGUGCAAGCCUUCCCGUGGCCGCAAACGUGGCAUCUGCUGGUGCGUGGACAAGUACGGAAUGAAGCUGCCAGGCAUGGAGUAUGUCGAUGGGGACUUUCAGUGCCACACCUUCGACAGCAGCAACGUUGAGUGACGCGUCCCCUCCCCGUCCUUCCCUCACCCCUCCCACCCCCAGCCCCGACUCCAGCCAGCACCUCCCUCCACCCCAGGACGCCACUCAUUUCAUCUCAUUUAAGGGGAAAAAAAAAUACAUAUAUCUAUCUAUUUGAG